GAUUUAGUCGAGACUUGGAAGUUGUGUUUUAUUAUUUGGUUUAAUAAGAUUCAAAAUAUAAUGAGUGCCGAUCAAGCAACUGGAGGAGCUUCCAACACGGGACAGAACCCGAAUCGUGGCAGAGGUCGGGGAGGAAGAGGCAAGGAUCAGUCCAGAGAGCAAGAGGGGCGUGCUGGGGGAGGAGGGCAGUUCCGGAGCUCUGGUAAAGGCUCCAACAACCAUCCCCGCGACUGGGACGGUCCUCAUAGACAAGACCGGCAACAAAAUCGAGGUAGAGGGCGAACCGACGGCGCACCUGGCAACCGAAAUGGACAACGUUUCGUUCAUGGCAAUGCCGGUAGGAUUCCCGAAGAAGGAGGAACGAAUGCGGUGAAUACCAAUGAAGGCAACUCAUUGGGACAUGCACCUCCGAACGGGCAGCAACCGCGAUCCGAUUGGAGAGACUCUCAGUCCAAUCAUGGUGGCCAAAACCAGAAAAAUGGUUUUCAGCAAAAAGAAAACGGCGCGAAAGGUGAUGCCUAUUACCAGAGCAACUACAACAAUCAUAGACCUCCAUUUUCAAAAAAUGUAAGAGCUGACUCGAGUCACGUCCAUAAAGCUCCAAUUGACAGAAAGUUCAAAAGCCACGGCAGGCAGAGCUUGCACGAGCGACCAACCCCUGUACAACCGGUCUGCCUGGACGCCGUGCCAAGCCCGGGGCUGCUGAGCGACUUGCAGCGUGCCGACCUGACGGUGCCUUCCACGAACCUGGAGGAAGUCAUCGAUCGCAGCAUUAAAUUCUGGGAUCAUUUUCCAUCCGAUACCGCGAGACUGCACGUGCUCAGGGAGAGCGGUGUUGAUGCUGGUAAACUGCAGGAAUUUGUUCGAUCCGUUUACCCCAUCGUACACCACACGUGCCUGAACCUCCUGAGAGACUUUCUGGACCACAAGCUGCGCUACGGAACGAAUUCUGAGAAGCGGGUUUAUAAAGGCAUGGAUGUGGUUUCUUUCAUUGACCGACUUCUCAAGAAAAGACCUCUGAGCUUCAUAGGUGAAAAUGAUCACUACUUAUUGCCCGGAAGUUUCCAAGAGGGCUAUGGUGGCUUUGAAAAAAUUGGCACUGAGAAUGAAGACCCUCCGCUGAUUCUUGAGAGUUUCCUCUCCUAUGACGAGAUGCGUCUUUCUGCUCUUGUGUCUUUGUCGAGUUGGUCCUGGUUUGUCAACAACGGCAGGCGAAAAAAUUACGGUAAAGAAGAUCGUGCCGGAACGUAUCAGACGGAAGGUGUCAUCGUCGGGCAGGUCGGCACACGUCUGAGGAAGGAAGGAGUCAUGGAGUUCGUGGACUGCAUUGUGACUCGCCAACAGAACCGCCCCGAGAAUGGAUUUGGCACGCCUAUUGCGCCGCACAUCAACGCAGUUUGGGGCAAAUUCUGGGGCUGUGAGCUGCCAACUUACCAAGAUGCCACCACCUGCUUGCAGGGGCAGCAGAGCAAGGAUGCUCCCUUUGAGUAUACAAGAGUUGGAAGGGAAAACAUCUUCAACAUCACAGUGUACAAGAAGAGAAUUGCCAUCACUGCCGAGAUUUUGUUGUGCGAGGCCAACAGCCGCGCGCAGGCCUGCGGCAAGAGCGCCUAUGUGCACGUCGUGGGUCUUGGACUCGGCGUGUGGCGCGCUUUUGAAGAACAGGAGGAGCUGUACGUGGAAGCCUGGGGAGACGCGCUCAAAAAUAUUUCUAACUUGGACCAUGUAGCUUUCGUUGAUUUCAGUUACAUCGGUUGUACAACCAUACACGGAAUCGGCAACAAUCAAAAGUUUCCAGGCACCGAGGUUGUGAUCAGGUUCUCUCAGCGAGACCUGCACGACAAGGUGCCUGAUGAAUGCAUUCUGGUUUGCAACUACGCGUGGGAUGGAAACUCCCUUCCCGGCAAUGAGUUUUGGAUGGGCAAAAUGUGCUCGACUGGCGACAGCGCCGCUGCUUGCUCGUCGUGCGUGGCAGAGAUUCACACGCACUCCAUCAACCCGGUGGUGUCUGGAGCCGCCGUCCGGAUUGCCACUAAAGAUGGACAGCUGCUUGAUGUCGCCGAAUUCCUAAGAAGUGUUCAGGGCCAAGCACCAAAUCUGACGCUGAGGAACCAGUUUGGUGUUACACUACCUUGUAAUAGCGUUCCAUCUGUAAGCAAACCUUCUGUUGAUCAGCCAAGUCGUGGCCAAGAAUCCCAAGUUCAUGGGACUUAUAUUUCUGCGUCAUCCAGCGCCAAUGAGAUUGUUUGGAAUUCCGAAUGUAAUCCAUCACUUGCUAACAACACGGAGCACCGGGCAACUCAAAUUGUGACCGAGACACCUUCCAUCAGCAAAGAAACGAAGCCUGUGACUUCCCAGGACCUGGUACGAAAAGAUGGAAUUGAGAACCCUCCUUGUGAUGCCGUUGGCGGUGCGCAGUCUAGCAACGAUGUUGACUUGUCCGUAAAUAACGGGCUCGAGGAUGUAACCUCCGUUAAAGAAGUGGCGCUUCCUUCCGAGCCCACAGUUCCUAAACAAAUACCACAUCCCAGUGUGAUUGGCUGUUUUAUUGACAACCCCGAGUAUAAAAGGCAAAUGAAAGAAAUCAAUAAAAGGAAGCUGCAGGCAAAGAAACAGGAGCAGAAAGCCAAAAAGGAAGAAUCGUCAGAAAAGCAAACCAAUGGAGAGGUCAAAAGCCCAAAACCGAAGAAACCAGAGAAUAGAGCUGAAGAAUCCCAGAAGGAAUCGAAAGGCCAUAAGAAAAAGAAUAAAAAUAAAAAAUGAAUUAUUGCGCUAUAGCUUCUUUUCUUUAAUACUAGUUUCCGGAUGCAAUGAAAGUUGUUAACUCGCGUUUUUUUCUUUCCAGGUGACAUCAAUUUAGUUUUUAGUAACACGUUCAUUCCUGUUAAUGUUGAAACUUUUUGUAAUUUCCUACACAAAUAUCGUUUAAACUUUGCUAAACCUAAUCCUGUUGUCACAUCUUCGUGCUCUUAGCCACUGGGUCUUACUAUUUUGGUCUGAUCAUUUAGUGUUGUUUUUCUCGGCAAAAAUAAUUUCUUUAUUCUUCUAUGCGCAAAUUUAAUUUUAUUCUUUUUCUUCUGGUCACGCGAUUAUCUUGGAUGUUGGAACGUAAGCUUCUAACCUCUUCGUUGGUUGUGUUCUGCGUGUUGCUGUUCUUCUUGAGCUUUAUGUCCUGGAUUCUCCACUGCCUAAAACAUCAAUGCCAUUGUUGUUGGUAAUAAAUUGAUUUUUGUUUCGUGUAUUGGCGAUUUCAUGGGUUCUGAAUGUAAUAGAUUCGAGUAAAAGUUUAUUAGACGUCUCUCUAAAAUUCAUAGUAUUUUGUUUGAUUACCAGUGUAAAAGCGACAGGUAAUCAAAUUAUUUGGAAUUAAUUUUUUUAUAGAUUUUGGUAACAGUUAGGAUGCUCUUUUUAGCACGCUCUAAUGAGCUAUUUGAAAAUGACAGGGUGUUCGUUUUCCUAAUCAUUGACCAAUUGUUACGUUUGGUUUCUGCAUGGGAUUGCAAUAAAUUAAAAUGCGCGUAAAUUCUCUGCUGGGACUGAGUCCGUAAAAAACUACGAAUGAUGCCCAUUUCGUUGUUAUAAUAAUUUACAUUACAUUUCACAACUCCAACAUUUUCAAUACGCAGAAUUAGUUUGUUAUCUUAUUGAUUCAACCUUAGCCAGUUAACUUGAAAUCUAAUUUUUUUUAAUGCAGCUACCCUGCUACCUAUUACUGCAGUGAGAAGCAAAAGCAAGCAGUCUAGAAAAUGGUCAAACAUUAUUACGUAAUGCCGAGACUACGAAUGUGUGGGAGUUGAAGUCCAGGAUUCUAUGGCACUCAAUUAUGGUGUAUUGUUGAUGCAUAUUACGAUGUUUAGUGCCUCUUUGUAUAGAACUAUCCUCUUUAGUUGAUGAUGUCGGCGCUGAAGAAAGGCCUGAUGUUACCCGUCGCCGAUUCUUCUACUUUGAUACUCUAUUGUUUUGUUUUUUGUUUCUAUUCGGCGUAGAUUUGUGGUAUUUUAUUCUCGUUAUUUUUUUAUUCCGAAUUGCAAUACCAGAAUUGAAAUUUUAAUCCGGUUUGUUCCCACUUCAAUUCGAUAUUCCUUCAGACGUAACUACCGUACCGUACAGGAAACCGAAAAAAAUACCAACUCUUCAUACUAUUCCAGGUUAUACAACUACUGCUCAUUUCUUGCAGAUAAUUUUGUUGCCUCAUAGUUUUUUUCACUGUCAUGUCUUGUAACGGGUUACUGUGGUCGCAUGAGUGGGGGCGGUCAAGACUGUACGCCUGAGAGACGUGCUGUUCUUGUCGGUUCUUAGUGCUCCUUCACCCACGGGACCGAGCUUCUGUCUUGAGCAGCUGCAACUUGAAGCUCGUUGAUCGGAUGAAAAUUAUUGUCCCGCCUUGUGGAUGGGCAUUCGUGUGGGCUUUCAGAGCACAAACUUUAUUGGUUAAAUUGUUGGGCACGUGGGAAACCUGUCUGAAUUCGUAUCUUGUUCAUUGCGCCUUCGUGGGAAAAGUUAUUCUACUCCAGCUUAUCAAUAAUCUAUUCGUGUCCAGUCGUUCAGAAUUUUCCCAUAUUUUUGAUGACGGGCCUUUUCUUCUGCAAUUUAAAAUGGGAGUUUUCUUACACAAUCGAUGUUACUUUUUUGUGUGGGUUAUUUUGACAGGUGUGAUGUUGAUGCUCUACGUGUGGAGGCAUUGCAACUCCACAGUAAUAUUAAGGAGUUUUGAUCGGAUAAAUUAGUUAAUGUUGAAUAUUAUUAUUGCAAGCAAUAAUAGACUGAAGGUGGGCAUUGCUUUUACCUUAUUGCACAGUCGAGUUCUGCAGCGUCACGACUCACUGUCCUGUGUUCAAGUAUCAUAACGCAGAACCCCGGUUUAUACUUUCAUUAAUAUUACGUGAUUUAAUUCUGUGAUAAUCACAUGAGAAUCGUAGUUUUGAAUUGAGUUUUUAAUUAUGUCGUUGUGUUGGUAAUUUUCUUAGGUUUCGGAUGUUUCUUUCUAACAUCAUUCAUAACUAACAACAGAGGGUUGAGGCUGAAAUCUCGAAUCAUCUGGUUUCUUACGUCCUGCAAACUAUUUGUACUGGAAUAACGUAUUUUGCUUUGUUACUCAAUAUAAUUAUAUAAUACAGUGUGAACCUUUGAA